CGUAAGAUUUUUCAGCGGGUUUUCAUUCAAUUUUUGAGGAAAUUCUCUAAUAUUUCGUCGCUUUUACAUGAAUUUUCGUCAGAAUUUUAUUUAAAAUAAUGAUUUCGUGGCACUGUAUUACGUUCAUUUAGUUUAAUCUGUGUCUACGCAAUUGGAAAACAUGGUGAGCUCAGCGGAGCCGAAGAAAUCGAAGAUUGUCGAGGACAAAUGGAAACUAGUGCCCUCAUUUUUGGAUGUCAAAGGGCUAGUGAAACAGCACAUCGACUCGUUCAAUUAUUUCAUCAACGUCGAUAUCAAGAAAAUCGUGCAAUCCAACGACAGAGUAACAUGCGACGUCGACCCUCUCUUCUAUGUGAAAUACCUGAAGGUUUCUGUUGGAAAACCAGAAAUCGAAGAAGGUUUCAAUAUGACAAGAUCAACCUGUCCUCAAGAAUGCCGACUGAGAGAUAUCACGUAUUCGGCUCCUAUCAAAGUAGAUAUUGAAUACAUACGAGGCUCAAGUCGAGUAUGUCGUAGUGAUUUACUAAUAGGAAGAAUGCCACUCAUGUUAAGAAGUUCAAAUUGUGUGUUGUAUGGUAAAUCAGACGAUGAAUUAGCUGAGUUAAAAGAAUGUCCUCACGAUCCUGGUGGUUAUUUUAUCAUUCGUGGAACUGAAAAGGUUAUUUUAAUUCAAGAACAAUUAUCUAGAAAUCGAAUUCUGAUCGAUAAAGAUGCUCGAGGAGGAAUGUUUUGUCAAGUUCGAAGUAGUUCUCACGAUAAAAAAUCUCGAACGAGUAUCGUCAUCAAGAAAGGAAAAUAUUACGUUUCUCACAACGCUUUACAAGAUGAUGUCUUAGUUACCGUAGUAUUCAAAGCAAUGGGGUUCGUAAGUGACCAGCAAAUAAUGCAGAUGAUCGGUACCGAAUCUAAUAUAUUAUACAAAUUAGCUUCUUCUCUUCACGAAUGCUCUACUUUGGGUAUAAUGUCCCAAAACCAAGCUUUACAAUUCAUAGGUAAAAAACUUCGCGUAAAGAGGUUCACCCAUCCAUCAGCUAAAGUGAAAACAGCUCUAGAUGAAGCCAGAGAAUUCGUAUUAAGUACUAUACUUUCACAUAUAUCGGUUGAAGAAUUCAAUUUCCGUAGAAAAGGCUGGUUUUUAGCUAUUAUGAUUCGGAAAUUGAUACAAGCAGAAGAGGAUCCCACGAUGAUCGAUGAUCGUGAUUAUUAUGGAAACAAACGUUUAGAAUUGGCUGGAUCGUUACUCUCGUUGAUGUUUGAAGAUGCUUUCAAACGUUUCAAUAAUGAUUUGAAAAUGACAGCUGACAAAUACAUUCCGAAAGUAAAGACCAACCCUUUCGAUGUUGUGAGAUUUAUGAAAGCGGACACCAUUACCAAUGUUUUAGUAAACGCUAUUCAAACUGGUAACUGGACCAUCAAAAGAUUCAAAAUGGAACGUCAUGGUGUGACGCAAGUACUAUCCAGAUUAUCGUUUAUUUCCGCCUUAGGAAUGAUGACCAGAGUGAAUUCUCAGUUUGAAAAAACACGUAAAGUUUCCGGUCCUCGUUCUUUGCAACCUUCUCAGUGGGGUAUGCUGUGUCCAUCCGAUACACCCGAAGGAGAGGCAUGUGGUCUUGUAAAAAAUCUCGCUCUCAUGACCCAUAUUACAACCGAAGUCGAUGAAGAUCCUAUAAUCGAAGUAGCUUAUAAUUUAGGAGUCGAAGAUAUCAUUACUUUUUCCGGUGAUGAAAUUCAUCGUCCGAACGUAUACGUUGUAUUUUUAAACGGUAAUAUUAUCGGAGUAACGGAAAGAUGGCAGUAUAUCGUAAACGUAUUUCGUUUACUGCGUCGAUUUGGAAAGAUCUCGAGUUUUAUUUCAAUUUAUGCGAACCAUGAUCAACGUAAUAUUUGUAUUAGUAGCGAUGGUGGUCGCCUUUGCAGACCUUAUAUAAUUGUUUCAAAUGGGCAUUCCUUAGUCACCGAACAGCACAUUGAAGAACUAAAAGCUAAAAAGAAAACAUUCGAAGAUUUCGUUCGAUCAGGAUUGAUUGAAUUUUUGGACGUGAACGAAGAAAACGAUAGUUUAAUUGCGAUCAACGAAGAUGAAAUCGAACCAGAUACUACGCAUCUCGAAAUAGCUCCUUUUACAUUACUCGGAGUCUGUGCUGGUCUCAUUCCGUAUCCGCAUCAUAACCAAUCGCCCAGAAACACUUAUCAAUGUGCUAUGGGCAAACAAACCAUGAGUGUGUUCAGUUAUAAUCAGAUCAAUCGACUGGAUACAUUGAUGUAUAAUAUGAUUUAUCCUCAAGUACCUAUGGUCAAGACGAAAACAAUAGAUUUAGUGAAUUUUGAUAAGUUACCCGGAGGGCAGAAUGCUAUUGUGGCUGUGAUGAGUUAUUCUGGUUAUGAUAUCGAGGAUGCGUUAAUUAUUAAUAAAGCUUCUUUAGACAGAGGUUUUGGACGUUGCCAAGUCUACAGAAAUGCGAAAUGUGCGAUCAAAAAAUACCCGAAUCGAACAGCCGAUCGUAUAUUAGGAGUAAAAAUGGACGGUAAUCCCGAACAACCCAUAUACAAGCAUCGAAUCUUGGAAUGCGACGGUAUAGCCGCAGUAGGCGAAUUAGUUCACGAACGUCAGGCCCUGAUAAAUAAGGCAAUUCCUACGGUAAACAAUCGAGACGGACCACCCGGUCAACCUGUAGCCGAUUACAAAGAAGUACCCGUCCUGUACAAAACUCCAGUUCCUAGUUACAUCGAUAAAGUUAUGAUUACGUCAACGGAGGACGAAUCGCAUUUAGUGAAAUUACUCUUAAGACAAACUCGAAGACCCGAAAUAGGCGAUAAAUUCAGUAGCAGACACGGUCAAAAGGGUGUAAUAGGUUAUAUCGUCAAUCAAGAAGAUAUGCCGUUCAAUGAAAGCGGUAUUUGUCCUGAUAUCAUCAUGAACCCUCAUGGGUUUCCUUCUAGAAUGACCAUUGGUAAAUUAAUCGAAUUAUUGGCCGGUAAAGCUGGCUUGUUGAAUGGAAAAUUCCACGAUGGCACAGCUUUUGAAGGAUCUAAAGUAGAAGAUGUCUGUGAAGAAUUGGCUUCCAAUGGGUUUAAUUAUUUGGGUAAAGAUGUAUUCUACUCGGGUCUCACCGGGGAACCAUUGCAAGCCUAUAUUUACUCUGGACCGGUAUUUUAUCAAAAGCUCAAACACAUGGUCCAAGAUAAAAUGCACGCCCGUUCUCGUGGUCCUCGAGUCAUUUUAACCAGACAACCAACAGAAGGUAGAAGUCGUGAAGGUGGUCUACGUCUUGGCGAAAUGGAACGAGAUUGUUUAAUUAGUUAUGGCGCCAGCAUGUUGCUAAUUGAAAGACUGAUGGUAUCUAGUGAUGCGAUAGAAGUAGACGUUUGCAGUGUAUGCGGAUUAUUCGCUUAUUCUCAAUGGUGCAACACGUGUAAAAGUAGUUCUUCCGUGGCUCACAUUAAGAUGCCUUAUUCGUGUAAAUUACUAUUUCAAGAACUCAUAUCGAUGAAUAUUGUACCAAGGCUUGAACUGAAAAAUUAUUGCAGUUGAUUUUCCAAACUCGACUUCUUAUUUUGCAACGAAUGCUUCAAAAUAUAGAUGAGGAAGUCCCAGAUGAUCUUUGAUAAUGAUGUAACUGGAAUUUUCUUUUCUGACGUGAUUUUUCUUCUACCAAUUAAGUGUUAAGUGAUUAACUCAAACAAAAUAUAAUUUUUAAAUAAAAUGUCAUCUUUUUUGUA